CUCCUUCAUCUCCUUUCUCCAUAAUCAGCUUUAAUCAGGUGUUUGCAGUCAUCAGGGGGAUAAGUAGGCUACACCAACACAGGGAAACACACCGUCAGUAGAAAACAAAAAAUCUAUGCCAGCUAAAUAAUGAAGAAAAUAGUUUAAGAAUAAUGGUAUUGUCCUACAGUAGAGGAACAUUUACAUCACCAUUGUUUCAAAGAUUGCUUUUUAUUUUAUUGGUAGAGACAGGUAACGGUUCAAAUCUAUCAAUGUAAACUUACUUAGAAAAACCCCAAUGGGCACAGCUGAAGCUACCUACGACUUACACUGUGACGUGAAUAGAAUUGGCAACAUGGUCACUGCUGAACAGUGGAGAUAACUACCUCGCCAAAAAAGGGCUGCGCGGCGGAGAGGAGAGGCGAGGCGAGGUGCCGGAGGCAAGAUGAGGGGCGGCCGCGGAGCGAGGAAGAGAACGGCGCCUGAGCGAGCGGCGCCUGAGCAUGAGUCCUUUGACGAGGACAUGCUGCGCGAGGUACGGGCGCUCUUCAGUAAGGUCAAAGGUUACAGCCGUCCAGAAGGGGUGGAGUGGAGGCUGCCGGACCCAGGGGUGCUUCUGACGGAGCCCCCUCACGCACACCCACACCUGCAGGCCCUGAAGCGCUCGCUGAACACCGUGAAAAACCAGCUGAGCGAUAAGGACCUGGAGACGUGGCACCAACACACCUGCUCCACCAACCGAGCCGGCACCGUCACCGCACACCUACGCACCACGGCCAACGCAGAGCUGUGCACUCAGGCCUGGGCUAAGUUCUAUGAGGUGUUGGGCACGUUCGACCUGCUCCCCGCGGAGGCCCUUCAGCGGGGCGAGCUGCUGUCGGUGCACCUGUGCGAGGCUCCGGGGGCGUUCAUCUCGGCGCUCAACCACUUCCUGAAGAGCAGCGGCAUGCCCUGCGACUGGAGCUGGACGGCCUCCACGCUCAACCCCUACUACGAGGCCAACGGCCGCACCCACACCAUCGCCGACGACCGCCUCCUGGCGCGCACGCUGCCCUGGUGGUUCUUCGGCUCGGACAACACGGGCGACAUCAUGCGGCAGGAGCACCUGCUGGAGCUGCAGGCGCUGGUGCGGCGCGGGGGAGCGGGCGGGGUGCACCUGGUGACGGCCGACGGCAGCUUCGACUGCCAGGAGGACCCCGGCGAGCAGGAGGCGGCCGUGGCGCCGCUGCAGCUGUGCGAGGCCGUGUGCGCGCUCAUGAUCCUCGCCCCCGGCGGAUGCCUCGUGCUCAAGAUGUUCACGCUUCUGGAACAUUCCAGCGUCAGCCUGCUCUACCUGCUGGCCUGCUCCUUCCGAACGGUGCGCGUCUUCAAGCCGGCCACGAGUAAGCCGGGGAACUCUGAGCUUUACCUGGUGUGUGUGGGCUUCCAGGCGCCCGAGCAGCUGCGCCCCCUGCUGGCCAAGCUGGUGCGGCUGUACGGGCCGGACAUGACCAGACGGGGUGCCGUGGGGCUGUUCCCCGUGCACUGCAUUCCGGAGUCGUUCCUACGGCAACACGAGGAGGUGUGUGUGUUCUUCCACGACCUACAGGUAGCCACCAUCAAGGAGAACCUGGAGCUGUUCGGACGCAUGGGGUCAGAGGUCAAAGACAGGCUGGAGCGCGUCAGGGCGAGCACAGCGCUCUACUACACUCAACACUUCCAGGUGCGGCCUCUGAUGCGUAAGAGCUGGCUAACGCGGGGUGUGAGUGUGAGCGGCAUCUCGGCGCUGGGGGGUGUGUGGCUUCGCCUGUGGGGGGGGCAGCAGCGGCAGCAGCGCGGCUCCUUCAACGAGCGGCAGCAGCAGCGCACACACACCUGGCGCCAGCACCUCACACACACACCCUUCCACCAGUGGGUGGAGGGCCACUGCUCACACGCCGACGGCCUCGAUGUCACCCUCGGUGGCCCCGCGGAGGCGUACGACCUCCACGCCUGGUACCUGCUGGUGGGCAAAGCUCUGCCGGAGGUGCGCAGCUCGCCCUUCUGUGAGCCGGGGCUGCUCGGAUUGCUCAACCAGGCCCUGGCUGAGAGCAGGGGUCAAGAGGUCAAAGUUCACGGGGUCACUGCCGAAUUGAAAGAGGUUCCGGUGUGCUUCGGCUGCGUGACGACGUCCCCCCAUUCCGUACUGGCUGAGGUGUGCAGCCUUCCUGAUGUCACUUCCUGUCUGGUGCUUGGUGAGCAGUCCUGGUGGGGCGUGUCCCUGUCGUUAGGAGGCGUGUCCUCGUCUGUAGAGUUCUCCCCUGACCCAUGCCCCACCCCCUGGAUAAAACCCCACCCCCUCCUGCAUGACGGUGAGAGCACCUACCAGCUGGAUCUGCUGCGGAGCGUGCUGGCGGCGUUACCACGGCUACCGCAGGGCGGCGCCCUGGUGGUUCCGCUGCGGUCGGCUCUGACCCGCGUGACGGCCGGCGUGGUUCUGGCGCUCCACCUGUGCUUCCGCUCACUGGCGUUCCGCUGCCCCUCCCCCGGGCCCCCCGUGGCGCUAGUGUGUGUGGGGUACGCCUCCACGCCCCCCCGGCUGCGGGCCCAGCUGGAGGAGGCCCUGGCCGAGAUGCAGAAGCUCAAGGGGGGGGUGACCCAGGUGCUCCAGAUCGCCCCCAUGGAGGAACUCCUGAGAGGGGAUCUUCCUCACUUCCUGUGCUGUCUCAACGCCGCUGUCGCCAGGCAACACCUACACCUGCUCCUGGACAACGGCAGCUGAUCGCCGCGGCAACGAGUGGGGUUGGAAUGGUCCUAACCGCAACAGAGAAAAGAUUGAAAACUGACUUGAGUACUACAAUUUCACAUACACACACACACACACACACACACAGAGUGCAGACACUGGAGAUCAUUGAGAUCUGAUUUGAGUUUAAUCUUCUACCAGAGGCUGUGUGUCUGCUGUCUGCUGUCCACAGAUGAGACUUUUAUUUUGAAACGAAGCCCACCCGUGGGGCAGGUGAAACCUGAGUCCUUCCUUUUUUUGUUACUGACCAGGAUUAUGCUGCAUUUUUUACUGAAUAACAAUCUGUGCUUUUAUUUUUAUAUAUUUAUAAGGUUAUGGAGUGAGCUUCUUUGGUUUAACACAGAUUCACAUGCAGUCUCAAUUGCUUUAAUAAAUCAGCCUGAAGAUACCACUA